ACUUCGUUAUGUCUGCAACAGAAAGUUAAAAAGAGGAGUAAAGCUGCAUGAUUCUGGGUAUUAUAUGAUUUCAUAUAUAUUUUUUUACUUUCAUAAACAUUUAGUCGAUUACAUAACUAUGGCGAGCAGAUAAUGCAGAACAGGGAGGACAAUGAGCAAAAUGAAAGGCUAUACUGUGUUUGGUAAAAUAGUUCAAUUCUUUUUGUGCUCCGACCAUUGGUGUCAUUGGGUCAGAUCACUCGGGGCUCCGAGUGUUUUUUGCACUGAAAUAGAAAGACCUGUCUGCGGAUGGAAAAAGGUGCUACAGGAAAUCAACACACAUACUGAGUGACAGAGCGGAACUUGACUUGCAGCGUCCGGAGGAUGGAUGGGGGAGUAAUGAAGCGCUGCACAGAGCGUAAAAAGCUGGAAGUCAUGCGCACCCAGAUAAAAAGCUCCGGUCUUACAAACCCAUCUAGCCUUCUCCACUGACAUGGAUUAUCUAGCCUCCCUGACAUGGAUUAUCUCGUCACCCUAAUGUAUCGGUUAUUGGCAAAACAUCCACAUCGUGGAACACAGUUCUGGCAGCGAACUUUUUCAAAAGGAGCAAUCAUGCGGUACUGCAGCACAAGAGGUGGAACACGUGGAUGGGACUUCCGGCAAGUACUGUUUUCGGGCUAUGCUCCCGAUGGGGGGAUGUUUAUGCCGGAGAGUCUGCCUGGCCUCUCCGCUGACACCCUCAGGUCCUGGGCCUCUCUGUCCUACCCUGAGCUGGUACUGGAGGUGUGCGCCUUAUUCAUCCCCGAUGAUCUCAUACCGCGUCGUGACCUAGCAGACUUGCUGCCUCAGGCACUGUCGGAGUUUUCAGUGCCAGGUGCUGUGCGCCUGGCGCAGCUUAGGGACGGCCUUUGUGUGCUGGAGCUGUUCCACGGUCAGACGAUGGCUUUCAAGGACCUGGCCAUGACCUGCGUCACCCGCCUGCUCGAUUACUUUCUGCGCAGAGAACACCGUCGGGCCACUAUUCUCGUGGGAACCUCAGGGGACACUGGGGGCUCUGCCAUUUGCAGUGCUCGUGGCCUGGAUGGGGUGGACGUGCUGGUUGUGUUUCCCCUGGGACGUAUCACCACAGUACAGGAGAGGCACAUGACCACCAGCCUGGAGGACAAUGUGCAUGUCUUUGCGGCGGAUGGCAGCUCUGAUGACAUUGAUGUCCCACUGAGACGUCUCUUUGCUGAUCAAGACCUGGUCAAAAAUCACGGCCUCAUGAGCUUGAAUUCUGUAAACUGGGCCCGAAUCCUGGUGCAGCUGGCCCAUUUCCUUUAUGCAUAUUUGCAUUUGAGUGACCUGCAGAAGGUCAAAGGUCAGGAACUGCCUACCGUCGAGGUUGUGGUGCCCACAGGAGGUGCUGGAAACAUUGCAGCUGGCUGCAUUGUGAACCUAAUGGGUGUGCCGCUUCGCCUUGUUGCCAUGGUGAAUAAUAAUGACAUCGUGCAUCGGGUGGUGCAAAGUGGUGACUAUUCCAUGGCAAGCAGUGUGAAGCAGACCCUGGCUCCUGCCAUAGACAUUCAGGACCCGUACAACAUGGAACGUGUGCUUUGGUUGCUGUCUGAUAAGAACAGCGCUUUGGUGAAGGGCCUGAUGGAGGAGUUUCAGAGCUCUCACAGACUGCAGCUGCCUGAAAAACUGCAUAAAAAGCUGUCUGCAUUCAUAUCAUCAGGCUCAGUCACAGAUGAGAUGAUCAUUGGUACUAUGCAGAGGUGCUGGCAAGAAAACCACUACGUCCUGUGUCCCCACAGUGCUGUGGCAGCAUGGUAUCAUUACCACGCCCCACUGCUAGGUCCUGCAGUGAGCAGGUGUUGCAUAGCUACAGCAUCCCCGGCCAAAUUCCAAGAAGCCGUACAGAAGGCAGGACUGACCCUUGACCUCCCAAAGGAAUUGUGGGCUCUAGAGGAGAUGGAAACACGCUAUGAGAAGUUGGAGAAGGGCACAGAUUGGGAGGCCAGGCUGAAGGAACGCAUCCGAGCUAUAAGAUGUGCACGGGAGAAAGGGCAGGUGUUUUACUCUGCAAAGAAAUAAUGGAUAUGUGAGCAAUGAGUUUUAGAACAUGAAACCCAAGGUUGUGGCUUGAUUGUUUGACUCAGCAGUCAGUAUAAACCUGUGUUGCACUAAAUGAUCAGAAAUAAAGAACUUAAUAAUAUAGUUGAAGUUGUGGAAGACUAAAGAGAAAAAGGGAAAUUAAAUUCCGGUGAUUGAGAUUUUAUGUGAUAUUAAUGUAUCACAACAAAAGAAAUAUUAAACCAGCAUUUUAAAAUCUGUA